GGAGGGGGGUGGCGAGGAGAGGGACUGCGAGGCCCCUUCAGACCUGCGGGACUCGAGAUCGGAGAGCCGCCGUGGGAGACCUGGGGCUCCGGCACCAGCGAGUGUUUUGCGCUCAUGGGGAGCGCGCCCAGCGUUCGCCGCAUGGCGGGGGCUCGGGGCCGUGGUCCCUGGGGGGCCCCCGGGAUCCGAUGCCUUCUUGGCUCCCUGCUGGCCGCGCUGCUCGCCCCGGGGGCUGUCGCCUUCAAUCUGGACGUGACGGGCGCCCUGCGCAAGGAGGGCGAGCCGGGGAGCCUCUUCGGCUUCUCGGUGGCUCUGCACCGGCAGCUGCAGCCCCGACCCCAGAGCUGGCUGCUGGUGGGUGCUCCGCAGGCCCUGGCUCUGCCUGGGCAGCAGGCGAAUCGCACCGGAGGCCUCUUUGCUUGCCCCCUGAGCCUGGAAGAGACUGACUGCUACAGAGUGGACAUCGACCGUGGAGCUGAUGUGCAGAAGGAGAGCAAGGAGAACCAGUGGUUGGGAGUCAGCGUUCGGAGUCAGGGACCUGGGGGGAAGAUUGUCACCUGUGCGCACCGGUACGAGGCGCGGCAGCGAGUGGACCAGAUCCUGGAGACCAGGGAUGUGAUCGGCCGCUGCUUCGUGCUGAGCCAAGACCUGGCUGUCCGCGAUGAGCUGGAUGGCGGGGAGUGGAAGUUCUGUGAGGGGCGCCCCCAGGGCCACGAACAGUUUGGGUUCUGCCAGCAGGGCACAGCUGCCGCCUUCUCCCCCGACAGCCACUACCUCCUCUUUGGGGCCCCAGGAACCUAUAACUGGAAGGGCACCGCCAGGGUGGAGCUCUGUGCGCAGGGCUCGGUGGACCUGGCGCACCUGGACGACGGGCCCUACGAGGCGGGGGGAGAGAAGGAGCAGGACCCCCGCCUCAUUCCGGUCCCUGCCAACAGCUACUUUGGGUUGCUCUUUGUGACCAACAUUGAUAGCUCAGACCCUGACCAGCUGGUGUAUAAAACUUUGGAUCCCGCUGACCGGCUCCCAGGACCAGCCGGAGACUUGGCCCUGAAUAGCUACUUAGGUUUCUCCAUUGACUCGGGGAAGGGUCUGGUGCGUGCAGAGGAGCUGAGCUUUGUGGCAGGGGCCCCCCGUGCCAACCACAAGGGAGCUGUGGUCAUUCUGCGCAAAGACAGCGCCAGCCGCCUGGUGCCCGAAGUCAUGCUGUCUGGGGAGCGCCUGACAUCUGGCUUCGGCUACUCACUGGCUGUGGCCGAUCUCAACAACGAUGGCUGGACAGACCUGGUAGUGGGUGCCCCCUACUUCUUUGAGCGCCAAGAAGAGCUGGGGGGUGCUGUCUAUGUGUACCUGAACCAGGGAGGUCACUGGGCUGGGGUGUCCCCUCUCCGGCUGUGUGGUUCCCCUGACUCCAUGUUCGGGAUCAGCCUGGCUGUCUUGGGAGACCUCAACCAAGACGGCUUUGCAGAUAUUGCUGUGGGGGCUCCCUUUGAUGGGGAUGGGAAAGUCUUUAUCUACCAUGGGAGCAGCCUAGGGGUUGUCGUCAAACCUUCCCAGGUGCUGGAGGGUGAGGCUGUGGGCGUAAAGAGCUUUGGCUAUUCCCUGUCGGGUGGCCUGGAUGUGGAUGGGAACCAUUACCCGGACCUGCUGGUUGGCUCCCUGGCCGACACUGCUGUGCUCUUCAGGGCCAGACCCGUCCUUCAGGUCUCCCAUGAGGUCUUCAUCGCUCCCCGAGCCAUUGACCUGGAGCAGCCCAACUGCGCUGCUGGCCACUUGGUCUGUGUGGACCUGAGGGUCUGUUUCAGCUACAUCGCAACACCCAGCAGCUACAGCCCUAUUGUGGCCCUGGAUUAUGUGUUAGAUGGGGACACAGACAGGAGGCUCCGGGGCCAGGUCCCCCGUGUGACCUUCCUGAGCCGUGGCCCAGACGACCCCAAGCACCAGUCUUCAGGCAUUGUGUGGCUGAAGCACCAGCAUGACCGAGUCUGUGGAGACACCAUGUUCCAGCUACAGGAGAAUGUCAAAGACAAGCUUCGGGCCAUUGUGGUGACUCUGUCCUACAAUCUUCAGACCCCGCGGCUCCGGCGACAGGCUCCUGGCCAGGGGCUGCCCCCAGUGGCCCCCAUCCUCAAUGCUCACCAGUCCAGCACACAGCGGGCAGAGAUCCACUUCCUGAAGCAAGGCUGCGGCGAGGACAAGGUCUGCCAGAGCAAUCUGCAGCUGGUCCGGGCCCGCUUCUGCGCCCGGGUCAGCGACUCGGAGUUCCAGCCUCUGCCCAUGGAUGCGGAUGGGACAACAGCCCUGUUUGCCCUGAGUGGGCAGCCCGUCAUUGGCCUGGAGCUCACGGUCACCAACCUGCCCUCGGAUCCAGCCCAGCCCCAGGCUGAUGGGGAUGAUGCUCAUGAAGCCCAGCUUCUGGUCACCCUCCCUGCCUCUCUGCACUACUCAGGAGUCCGAGCCCUGGACCCUGUGGAGAAGCCGCUCUGCGUGUCCAACGAGAAUGCCUCCCAUGUGGAGUGCGAGCUGGGGAACCCCAUGAAGAGAGGUGCCCAGGUCACUUUUUACCUCAUCCUUAGCACCUCAGGGAUCACUAUUGAGACCACAGAGCUGGAAGUGGAGCUGCUGUUGGCCACGAUCAGUGAGCAGGAGCUGCACCCCAUCUCCGUCCGAGCGCGUGUCUUCAUUGAGCUGCCACUGUCCAUUGCAGGGGUGGCCGUUCCCCAGCAGCUCUUCUUCUCUGGUGUGGUGCGCGGUGAGAGCGCCAUGAAGUCUGAGCGGGAUAUAGGCAGCAAGGUCAAGUAUGAGGUCACGGUCUCCAACCAAGGCCAGUCACUUAACACCCUGGGCUCUGCCUUCCUCAACAUCAUGUGGCCCCAUGAGAUUGCCAAUGGGAAGUGGCUGCUGUACCCCAUGCGAGUGGAGCUGGAGGGCGGGCAGGGGCCCAGGCGGAAGGGCCUCUGUUCCCCAAGGCCCAACAUCCUCCAUCUGGAUGUGGACAGCAGGGAUAGGAGGCGGCGGGAACUGGAGCAGCCCAAGCAGGAGGAGCAUCCUGAGCAUCUGGAGCCCAGCACAUCCUGGUGGCCAGUGUCCUCUGCUGAGAAGAAGAAAAACAUCACCCUGGACUGUGCCCGGGGCACUGCCAACUGUGUGGUGUUCAGCUGCCCUCUAUAUAGCUUUGACCGCGCCGCUGUGCUGCAUGUGUGGGGCCGCCUCUGGAACAGCACCUUCUUGGAGGAGUACUCAGCUGUGAAGUCCCUGGAAGUGACUGUCCGAGCCAAUAUCACCGUGAAGUCAUCUAUCAAGAACUUGGUGCUUAGAGAUGCCUCCACAGUGAUCCCAGUGAUGGUUUACCUGGACCCCGUGGCUGUGGUGGCAGAAGGAGUCCCCUGGUGGGUCAUCCUCCUGGCUGUGCUGGCAGGACUACUGGUGCUGGCGCUGCUGGUGCUGCUCAUGUGGAAGAUGGGAUUCUUCAAGCGGGCACGGUACCCCGAGGCCACUGUGCCCCAGUACCACGCGGUGAAGAUCCCGCGGGAAGACCGGCAGCAGUUCAAGGAGGAGAAGACAGGCACCAUUCUGAGGAACAACUGGGGCAGCCCCUGCCGGGAGGGCCCCGAUGCACACCCCAUCCUGGCUGCAGAUGGGCACCCUGAGCCAGGCUCCGAUGGGCAUCCCAUGUCAAGCACUGCCUAGCUCGCUGUGUCCCCUCCACCCUUUCCUCGGACAUGGCUCCUUGGGAUGAAGAUGGUAGAGUGGGUUGCUGGUGUCCCAUCAGGAUGAGGCAUAGGUGUCUCCCUGCACCCUUACAAGGAGCGCCCCCCAACACUCCCCCUUAGAACACUGAGAUGAGGGCAGUAUAUCAGGAAGGGGCUGUGGGACAGGGGAAGGGCAGAGAUGUCCUGACGCAAAAGUGGGAGCAGGGACCUCGAUUCCUCCCUCUCCAUUUACCCCGUUUAACAGGGCCCCAAGGACUUGUCCCCCUGAAAGUGCCUUAAGCCCAGAGGGGUGGGGAGGAGGUUGUGUUGCUGACUCAGGGGCUCUUUCCUGUCUCUUCUGACCUUAGUUUGGUGCAUCAAUCUAGUGGAUUUUGUCUAUUUAUUAAAAAAUAUUUCAGGACAAAA